ACGCUCUGCCUCUGCCUCUGCAAAUUAACCAGAAACGGAGGAGAGAUGACGGAGGCAAAGGCAACGAGCCUAAGCCGGCCGUCAUCCUCAUUCCGGUUAAAGACACCAUGCCUCAACUGCAUCCGCCUGCGUCGCAUCUUCGAUAUAUUCGACAAGAACGGUGACGGCAUCAUCGCCGUGGAAGAACUAAGCCAAGCCCUUGACCUCCUUGGUUUGGAAAGCGAUCCAUCGGAGAUUGAAUCCAUAAUCCGAUCCUAUAUAAGGCCUGGCAACAGUGGCCUCGCCUUCGAAGACUUCGACGCCUUGCACAAGUCGCUCGACGACACCUUCUUCGGCAACAACAACAACAACAACAACAACAACAGCAAUGACAGCGCUACGUGUCCAUGUGGUGGUGGUGGUGAUAUUGCAGGAGAAGGAGAAGCAGAACCAUCGGUUCAGGAAGAGGCGGAUCUGACGGAGGCUUUCAAGGUGUUUGACGAAGAUGGUGACGGAUUCAUAUCGGCCAUGGACUUGCAGGUGGUACUCAGGAAACUUGGGAUGCCUGAAGGUAGAGACUUCGGUCGUGUUGAACGUAUGAUCCUCUCCGUUGACCGUAACCAAGAUGGUCUCGUUGACUUCUAUGAAUUCAAGGACAUGAUGCACAACGUCAUGGUUCGUACCUCUUGAAAUUACGAUUUUACUAAAUGAAUAAAUGGUG